AUGCAUAAAAAAGGCACCAGAAGGAGUAAACAAGCCAGCAACAAAAACUAAAAUAGAAUUAGAAAAUGUAAUAAAUGAAAUAGAAAACUAAAUUAUUGUUUCAAAAAAACAAAACAAAGUUAUGUAAAUGACAUUGAAGUUCCUUAAGAGAAAAUAAAUUUGUUUCUUUUGAGGAUCCUGUAUUUGCUGUAGUCAGUCAUUUAUUAGGUAAGAAUACUGAAAAGGAAGAACAGGUUUUUGCUGAACUGAAGAGCUGAAGUUGUCAGUGUCUUAAAUGAGUUCAGUGAGACUGUAAAGAUGAGAAUCUGGCUGCUGAUUAUAUGGUUAUCUCACACUGUUGAAACAGUGACAAAGCCGUUUAUUGUCACUCAGUGGCCAAAAAUGGCAGAGGUGAUGGUUGGAAAUGAUAUUAUCCUACACUGCAACAUCAUGGAGCUGUACUCCCCAUGUUCCACGGUGGCCUGGCUGAGAGCCGACCCAGAGAGUGCAACAGUCAGCCUCACUGAUAGAGUUCAAAACCAUCCUAAUCACUCAUCUAACCAAUUGACAAGCAUUUGCACCGCACUUAUUGCUAAUUCAACAGUGCAAGACUCUGGUGUAUAUUACUGCGUAGCUGUGCAGGGGCGCUUUGCUCAUAUUGGCAACGGAUCACGGGUGGUUGUGAAUGAAAACAUUGCGUUCCCCCUCAUCAAUAUUCUUUCACCACUGAUCCAGAACAGUCCUUUAGUCCCACUUCAGUGUGUUGUGACUGGGGUUGAAGGUUUUCAGGUGCGCAUGUCCUGGGAUAUAGAGGGAAGAGAAGAAAAAGGACAGUACAUUAGGUCACACAGGAACGAUGGUACCAUUCAGCUCACAAGGAACCAAAUCCUGAUUACUGCUGCAGAGUGGGAAAGAAAUGUGCAAUAUGUGUGCAUGGUUGACUUUGUAGGGCAACGCUACAACAAGACAUUUCAGCAACAUGAUGCAUUGAAAGUGUGCAAUGCUAUAAAAUACACAUAUCUUUCUUUGUGUUUAACUUUUUGUCUAUUGCUUCUUAUAACAGCAAGUGUCUAUAUGAAGGGGGAAAAUACAUCAUGAGUUGUCUAUGCAAAAUUAGACAUAUAGUUGAAAUUUUACUUAACCUUUAGUUCUGGUAGUUUGACUUAAUUGAUCUAUUUGCAUGUUUUAUAAAAUUAAACAUUUGCUCUUUUUCAAGUAAAUAUUUUAA